AUGGCUACCCUACUCCUAGCGUUAUUGACGAUUCUAUAUGUGGCAUCUGCUUGGGCACAGGAAAGCGGAGAACCUUCCGCCCUCGACAAAGCUAACGCGACAAUUGGCGCGGUUCUCUUUUUCGACAUCGCCUUCGGUGGUAUUCAGAUUGAUGAGGUCGAUCGAGAUGGAAAUCCGGUGCUGGACGCCUCCGGCAAUCCUAAGACAAAGGUUAUUAGUGUUCCCUUUCUAGUUAUUGUCCUGCUUCUCGGUGCGAUCUUUUUUACCCUCUGGUAUCGCUGGAUCAAUGUGCGGGGAUUCAAGCACUCCAUUGACAUUAUUCGAGGAAAAUAUGACAACCCAGAGGACACCGGCGAAAUCUCUCAUUUCCGCGCCCUAACAAGCGCACUGUCCGCAACGGUUGGCCUCGGAAACAUUGCGGGAGUUGCGAUUGCCAUUCAGUUAGGUGGUCCGGGUGCCGUUUUUUGGAUGCUUGUCGCAGCGAUGUUCGGAAUGACCGCAAAGUUCAGCAGUUGUACCUUAUCGCAAAUGUAUCGACAGACGAACCGAGAUGGCAGCAUCUCCGGCGGUCCCAUGUACUACGUCGAUAUCGGCUUGAGGCAGAUGGGAGGCGGCUGGGCUACCCUUGGGAAGGUACUAGCGGUCAUGUAUGCACUGCUGGUUAUGGGAGGCGCCAUCGGUGCCGGAAACAUGUUUCAGGUGAACCAGACAGCCGAGGCGUUUCGGAGUACCUUUGGACUUUCAGAAGGCGCAAACUGGAUCAUCGGUAUCGUAAUAGCAAUUUUGGUGGGGGCGGUGAUUAUCGGUGGGAUUAAACGAAUUGGCGCAGCAACCUCUAAAAUUGUACCCGCCAUGUGUGGUUUGUAUGUAUGUGUUUCGAUUCUAAUAAUUUUAAUGAACGUUACCAAAAUCCCUGAAGCUAUUGGGCUCAUCUUUAGUAUGGCUUUCACAGGUAAUGCUUUCUACGGCGGAUUUUUUGGCGUGCUGGUGUGGGGUAUAAAACGCUCAUCUUUUUCGAAUGAGGCAGGUCUCGGAAGUGCUGCUAUUGCUCACGCAGCAGCAAAGACAGAAGAGCCUGUUCGAGAAGGUCUCGUAGCGAUGAUUGGUCCCUUCAUUGAUACCAUCAUCGUAUGCUUUAUGACGGCGAUGGUAGUCAUCAUUACGGGCGCAUGGAAUGAUCCCAGCCUAUCACAGUCCGAUGGCAUUACGUUAACGACACAAGCGUUUGCAAGUGCCAUAAGCUGGUUCCCGUUGGUCCUUACCAUCAGUAUCGGUCUGUUUGCCUAUUCCACGAUGAUUUCAUGGGGCUACUACGGUGAACGGGGUUGGAUUUACCUGCUCGACCACUUUGGUGGUAUCGGUCUAAAAAGUGUUAUUGUUUUCAGACUUAUUUUCGUUAUCUUCAUUUUGGUUGGCGCGGUCUAUCCAUUACGCGCUGUUUUAGACUUUUCGGAUGCGAUGGUUCUCGGUAUGGCUUUCCCAAACAUCAUUGGCAGCGUCAUCCUUGCACCGAGGAUACUGGGAAAAGUCAGGGACUAUUGGAGCCGUUACCAAUCGGGCGAAAUGGAACCCGUUGAAUAG